UGUAUCGUGUCGUGUCGCGUGGGCCCCACUUCUUCCGAAGAAACCCCUGCAGCAAGAUGCCUGUCGGGGAAAAUUAUCACGGCAGCUCUGCGGAAAGCUUCAACGUGUGACCUCACCUUGAGCCAUCAAAAACCACCCCCCAAUCGACCACGCGAAACCCACUCUCUUCACGCGCCCAAAACUCGUCGCAGCUUCUAGCCCGUUUCGGCGCAUCGAUCACAUUCAUUCAACAACACCCGGCUGGCCACCGAAAUGGCGUCGGUCUCCGCGCUCGCCCCCGGGUUGCGGGCAGUAACGAGGCGGACGGUUAGGAUGCCAAGCUCUCUUGUGCAGAGCCUCGGGCCGCAAAGGACCUUCUCCUCUCUGCCGACCCUGAGACCGACAACCUGCCCACGGGCCAGCCCAGUCUUCCGCUCUCCGUCAUCGUCGCUCCUCUCGUCAUCCAUCAUGCAGCCGACGACCACCACCGGCGAGGCGGCGCUGGACCUGGUGCCAAAGACGUCGAUAACGGGCAACCCGGCGGCGCUGGGCCAGAUCCGCUGCGGACCGCGCCCGACCACCGCCAGGACGAGCCGGCUCAAGCGUGCGAGGAAGCACGGCUUUCUGGUCAAGACCAGAACCGCCAAGGGAAGGAAAAUGCUUGCGAGGAGGCAGGCCAAGGGGAGGAAGAGUCUCGCUGGUUGAAAAGAGUUGCCGGUUGAGGGCUUUGUGGUUGAGAAAGAAAGGUGGAACAAAAAUAAUGAGCCCGACGCUCGAUAUGAUGCGCCACGCGUGCCCGAGCGUGCUCUGUACAUCUGUAGUAUAUCUCUAGAGGGUUUUUUUUUGGUCGUGUAUGGGUACGUGUUGUUGACAAGAAUCGGAACAAAACAUCACUCAUGUUUGCAGGGGCUUUUGGGACAAAGUUCGCGAUUGAAUACCGCCCAACGUUUUGGUUCUCAAGAGGAUUGGAGCAUACGACUAAGUGGUUUGCGUGGAUAUCCAGCUUUUCAUGAUUAUGAUGCUGCCUUCAACACCAGGUUCACCUGUAAGACUCUUCUUUUCCCCGAAGCGUGUUUUGUUUAGAGAAACCAUCACCGCCAAUAUAAGCCGACAGGUAUGUCUUGGGAAUAUUUAAGGGCCCUGCACCGGCCAUAGUUGGUCUUGGCAAGAUACUUGGGGCAUUGUAAAGUCUGCACAGGUACCUUACUCUAUUAG